AAAACAAAGCAGACCCCAAACUGUUGAGCAGUCCAAUGUAUCCAAAUCCAAUGUAAUCAAAAAUGGGAAAAUUUCACUUUCAAAACUGCAGCAGUUGGUCUCCUCAGUUCCGGGAACAUUAACAGAGUGUUGUUAAAAGAAGAGGUGAUGAAACACAGUCGUAAACAUGCCCCCGUCCCAACUUUUUUGAAAUGUGUUGUUGGAAUCCAAUUUAAAAUGGACAUAUUGUUAGAUGGUGAUACCCCCCAGUUGGAGGAUUUCGGUUUUAUGUGGGCUUCGUGGUUCAGGUCUGUGUGGGUGGGCCGGCGCUUAGUAACGUGAUGACUCCAAAUAGGUGCAAGAAGUGAUUUAUUAAACAACAGGACAUAAACAAACAAACAAAACACUGAACAAAACAGAAAGAAAAUGCAAUAAUAUAUACACUAUUUACAAAUAAAUUUGAGCACCCGCAAGGCUGGAACUCCACACACACGUCUAACACAUGCUGACUCGAGCUACAUGGGUGGAUAGUAGUAAGUACAGGACCCGCUCGAGAGUGGACCCCCCCUCCCAACUUCGGUGGAUCCGUCCAACUAGGAUAAGAGGAGCCCCAGCUCUCGCCAACAUCCCCUAAAGGAUGCACAUCAAAGGAAUACAGAGCCAGUCCAGUCCUUGAUCCAGUUGCUGAUGGGUUGGGAAAGUGCUAUGUCAGUGAGCUUAGUGACCAGUCUGCCUGGGUCUGCUGUUAAAAUGGCUGCUCGCCAGGACAGUGGAGAAGCAGAGGAUGUUAUGUUCCUUACAGACUUAUUUUUGGCUCAAGAGAAAGCAAAGCAAGAGAAAGCUAAACGGACAUCUGAAGGUAGCAGAUUUCACAUACGGUGGGUGGAGAAAGAUGAUGAAAGACAUCCACUGCAAAAAAGAAGCAGAAGUGGACAGACACGCAAACGGAUUUCCGCUUCAGAAGCUGCCAGUAAGGACCUGAAUCGUUUUGAGAUGACUGAGGAGGUACCUGUACUGUCAGAAUCAUCAACAUCUCAGUGUUUGAUUGUGAGACCUGUCCGUCUGUGCUCCUGUGACUCCGCACACCUGUCAAAAGCUGCUGGAAAGGCAAUAAUUUUGGUUUACAUAAAUGGCAUUUUAACCUUAACUGAGGAGGGGCAGUGUGGGCUACUGUGCCAUCUUCAAGAGAGGCUUGCAGACGUUGAGCAGAAAAUCAAGAUUGUUUCAUCAAGGUACAGCAUGGCUUUAGGACCAAAUGCUUUGCUGUUGCCUGAAGAUGGUCCUGAGGAGACACCAGAGGAGGAGCACAAUAUGCUUCCAUUUGAUACCUUGGAUGACAGCGACUUGGAAGACAUAUAAUAAUUCUGAAUUUCACACACAAAUUACUACCCUGUGUCAGGUCAACUUGAAAUUUUAAUUUAAAAUGGAAGCAAACUGGAUAGGCUGUUCAAACUCAUGGUCUUUUUUGAUAAUCUAGUAAUUAGACAGUCAUAGCACUCAGAAGCCAUGAAGUUGCGUAAAGGAAAAUUCC